GCUGAUGACGCAAGGGCUCGGGGCAGCAUGGCGUCCGUGUCGCUGAGCGAGGCGGAGAAGGUGUACAUCGUCCACGGCGUCCAGGAAGACCUCCGCGUGGAUGGCCGUGGAUGUGAGGACUACCGAUGUGUCGAAGUGGAAACCGACGUGGUGUCCAACACCAGUGGGUCUGCCAGGGUCAAGCUGGGUCACACGGACAUCCUGGUGGGAGUGAAAGCAGAGAUGGGGACGCCGAAGCUGGAGAAGCCAAAUGAAGGUUACUUGGAGUUCUUUGUUGACUGCUUUCCAGAAAACUUCUCAUGACUUGCUUGGCAGAGCAAGGACUAGGGCCAGCCAAGCAGCCUGACAGGCCGAGGUUGUGGCAGCGAGACAGG